CUCAAAUUAGGGUUGGACUAUUUUGAUUAUAAAUCGACAAUAAAUCUCAGGGCAUAAAAUAAACCUAGGUAGCCGCCAUUUAUUAACUCGGUCUGCAGUGCAGGAAGUUAACAACAGGUAGGCUAGGGUAUUCUUGAGGGAAGAUCGAUGAGAGAGACGGCGACUCCGGGCUCCACCUUCUUCUUCCAUCGCAAUCCUCUGCCGGACUCGAUCGGGACUGUCCAACUAUGCACAGAGGUCUCUGUAAGCAUGGACGAGGAGACGCAUGAGAGAUACGAUUAUUAUGAACUAAUUCGUCGGUCUUUAACGAAUUCUUAGGACUUUCGUCGUGGCCAUUGACCCCAGUUGGCCACUGUUCUUUCGGUGGCAAUAAGAAUACCAUUACGGUCCACAAAGGUGCUUGCAUUAAAACCAAAAUCAACUGGUCUGGGUCCUACAGUACGAAGGUCUCCCGCAAUUUUCAUGCCCUCAAGGUAGUUCACGAUCCGGAAUCCAUAUCCAGGGUGAAGGAAGAUUUGAGAAGAAACCAGGGCUUAGAAGCUGAAAUGCACCCGAAUCUGUUGAGAGUGAAGCACCAUUUCACGGACCCCCAAGUGCCAGAAGUUCUGCGUGGCUAUAAAGCCGUUUCCCAUCCGUUCUCUGAGAAGCCUGAUGAAGAGAGACUUUCCCAAAGGGCUUCCGGAGGAUCUCAUCCUCAGUGCUUUAAGGUCUGUUCUCAAUGCCCUCGGCUUUCUGCAUAAAAAGCGCUUUCUCCACGGAGAUAUUAACGCCGCUCAUGUUUACCUAUGUAAUCACACUCUAAGGAGAGACGCACCCCUACCCGUAUGGAAAGGGAAAAGCCUUGGCUUAUCUAUGAGAAACCCAACUUCUCCAAUAUCUGCUUGGGCUACGCGGCCGCUCUUUAUGAGGACGAUGAAUAUACAGAGGAGUACACCUCCGUAUAUUCGUCUACAGCGCCCGAAGUCUACUACGGCAAUCAGCCCUUACACCGAGAAGUCCGACGUCUGGCUCGUGGGAAUCACCGCACUCGAAUUGGCUUAUGGUCGACGGCUAAAUGUCUCGAAUCGAUAUACCUUGGAUUAUGUUGUGGAACAGAUUCUUUGUAAGCAAAAAACUUCCCACCAAGGGUGGGUUCCAGUGUAAAGAGAAGACGUUGAAGCAUUACGUCCAAAAACUGGUGCCUUUCGGCUCUCCAUUCAAAGGCUAUGACAGCAGUACUGGCACCAAUUCAUUUUCCAAAAGCUUCACAAAGGUGGUGAUGGAAUGUCUGGCCUCGGACCCUAAUCAGAGGCCGACCGUUGAUCAACUUCUGUCACGCCGCUUCUUCCGAAGGAGCUCUGGCCGCAAUGAUGGGAAGCACGUUUAUAAUGCAUGCUCUGCAGAUGACUAGCUAAUUCUAAGUCAGAUUUCUUGAACGGAAGAUGGAGGAAAUUGCAAACACAUACAAGGACAUGGCUAUUGGGGAUCAGGAAGAACUAGUUGUUGAGGAUGAGACGCUUGAGGAGGAAGGAGACUUGGCCGAAAGAAAAGUGGUACCAAGGGUACGGCCUCCUCCUGAGCCACCGCCAUGGGUGAUGGUGGAGAAGAAAGCUAGUUUUGGUGUCUUUUUAUUUAUCUGUUUUGGUUAUUUUAAAUUGGGAUGCUUGUUUCUUUAUGGUUUUGGUUUUUUCUUUCAUUGUAAGACUCUUGCAUUAAGAUGAGGGG